AUGGCUGCAGAGGUAGAAUCACUGGCCAGUUCAGUCCAAGAACUGUCUAUGAACCGAAGUGGACCUCCAUCAAGAUACAUCUUGAAAGAUGGUAUUGGAUUGAAUGUUGCAUCUUCCUUUCCAGUGCUGGAUAUUCCAGUCAUUGAUCUUGGUCUGCUUGCAUCCUCUUCACCAGAGGGUGAAGAACAACUCGAUCGGCUCCGGUCUGCUCUCGGCUAUUGCGGUUACUUUCAGGUAGAAUCACUGGCCAGUUCAGUCCAAGAACUGUCUAUGAACCGAAGUGGACCUCCAUCAAGAUACAUCUUGAAAGAUGGUAUUGGAUUGAAUGUUGCAUCUUCCUUUCCAGUGCUGGAUAUUCCAGUCAUUGAUCUUGGUCUGCUUGCAUCCUCUUCACCAGAGGGUGAAGAACAACUCGAUCGGCUCCGGUCUGCUCUCGGCUAUUGCGGUUACUUUCAGGUUUGA